GAAGCAAAUGCAUGAGGAAGUGGUUGAUGUGAUAGACAUUCCUGUAAAGCACCGGCAUUGAUAGGGAGGAAGAAGACUGCUGGCAUUCAGUGCCAGUCCAUACAAGGAUACUUCUUAGGUCUUCAGAACCAGGCUGCGAAAAAUCCCCACGCCUGAAAUCUUCACAGACACUUCCUUAGCUAAAGCCUUUGACUUCCAAAUCUCUACAAGUCAGACUUGUUUGUUUUCCUGCAUCUCUCAGUCUCACAGUCAGUGUUAAUGGUUUACUUCUCAGACUGACUGAAGUCCAGAAGAUGAGUGAUUGUGUGGAUGAAGAGGAGGACAGGGCAGAGUCUCCAGGAACUCCAGAACCUGGACCCCCUGACUCAAAAGCGAAGAAGCAGGGUCAUGUUUCUGUAGAGCAGCAGCUGUCCUGCUGUGCUUUGUGUCAGGAUGCCCUGAAGGAUCCAGUCUCUACCAGCUGUGGACACUGGUUCUGCAGACAGUGCAUCACCUCAUACUGGGACCAGUCUGGUUCAUCAGGAGACCCCUCCUGUCCCCAGUGUGGACAAAGAUCCAGAGCAGGACCUGGACUGCAGACAGCCAAUCAGACCAGCACUGUACAAACAGAUAGUGGUCUGCAGGAAGUUUUAGAUGAACAUAAGAUCAGUCUGAGGAGGAGAUGUGAACGUGUGACUGAAGGAACUGAUGGAACAGGAAGUAGAACCCUCCUCAACAGGAUCUACACUGAGCUCUACAUCACAGAGGGACAGAGUGAAGAGGUUAAUACCCAACAUGAGGUGAGGCAGCUGGAGACAGCUUCCAAGAAGAUGACCCUCCAUGACACUCCAAUCAGGUGCCACAACAUUUUUAAAGCCCUACUUGACCAACAGAGACACAUCAGAGUGGUUCUGACCAACGGCGUCGCUGGUGUUGGAAAAACCUUCUCAGUGCAGAAGUUCACUCUGGACUGGGCAGGGGGCUUGGAAAACCAAGAUGUCAGUCUGCUGGUUCUGCUUUCGUUCAGGGAGCUGAACCUGAUCAGAGAUGAGCAGUACAGUCUUCUCACCCUGCUCCAUGUUUUCCAUCCAACUUUACAGAAAGUCACAGCAGAGAUGCUGGGUGUCUGUAAAGUUUUGUUCAUCUUUGACGGCCUGGAUGAGAGCAGACUUUCACUGGAUUUCAACAACUCUGAGGUUGUGUCUGACGUCACACAGAAGUCAUCAGUCAGCAAGCUGCUGACAAACCUCAUCCAGGGGAAUCUGCUUCCCUCAGCUCUGGUCUGGAUAACUUCCCGACCUGCAGCGGCCAAUCAAAUUCCUCCUUCAUGUGUUGACAGGGUAACAGAAGUACGAGGCUUCACUGAUGCCCAGAAGGAGGAGUACUUCAGGAGGCGAUCCAGUGAUGAAGAGCUGUCCAACAGAACCAUCUCACACAUUAAGACAUCCAGGAGCCUCCACAUCAUGUGUCGAGUCCCAGUCUUCUGCUGGAUCACUGGCACAGUUCUGGAGCACAUGCUGACUACAGACCAGAGAGGAGAGCUGCCCAAGACCCUGACUGACCUGUACUCACACUUCCUGAUGGUCCAGACAAAGAGGAAGAAGAACAAGUAUGAUGAGGGACAUGAGACAAGUCCACAGGAGUUGACAGAGGCUGAUAGGGAAGUUCUUCUGAAGCUGGGGAGGCUGGCGUUUGAACAUCUGCAGAAAGGAAACAUCAUGUUCUACCAAGAAGACCUGGAGCAGUGUGGUCUUGAUGUCACAGAGGCCCUGGUGUUCUCAGGAGUUUGUACAGAAAUCUUCAAAAGAGAGAGCGUGAUCUUCCAGAAAACAGUCUACUGCUUUGUUCAUCUGAGUGUUCAGGAGUUUCUUGCUGCAGUCUACAUGUUCCACUGUUUCACCAACAGGAAGACAGAGGUACUGGAGGACUUCCUGGGAGAUGAACAUGUCGAUUCAACCUUGGAUGUCUUCCUGAGAGGGGCCAUGGAUAAGUCCCUUGAAAGUACAAAUGGCCACCUGGACCUCUUUGUUCGCUUCCUUCAUGGCCUCUCUCUGGAGUCCAACCAGAGACUCUUGGGAGGCCUGCUGGGUCAGACAGAGAACAGUCCAGAAAUCAACCAGAGAGCCAUCAAUAACCUGAAGGAGAUGAACAGUGAUGAAAUUUCUCCUGACAGAAGCAUCAACAUCUUUCACUGUCUGACGGAGAUGAAUGACCACUCAGUUUAUCAGGAGAUACAAGAGUUCCUGAAGUCAAAGAACAGAUCAGAGAAGGAACUCUCUCUGAUCCACUGCUCAGCUCUGGCCUACAUGCUGCAGAUUUCAGAGGAGGUUCUGGAUGAGUUUGACCUGGAGAAAUACAACACAUCAGAGGAGGGACGACAGAGACUGAUCCCAGCUGUGAGGAACUGCAGGAAGGCUCGACUUGGUGGCUGUCGAUUCUCAGAGACUCACUGGGAAGUCGUGGCCUCAGCUCUGAAGUCCAACCCCUCCCAUCUGACAGAACUGGACCUGAGCCACAACAAAGACCUGCAGUAUUCAGGAGUACACUUGGUUUCUGCUGGACUGGAGAGUCCACACUGUAGAGUGGAGACUUUGAGACUGAUGAACUGCAGUUUGUCAGAGAUCAGCUGUUCUUCUCUGGUCUCAGCUCUGAAGUCCAACCCCUCCCAUCUGAGAGAACUGGACCUGAGUGAAAACUGGGACCUGAAGGAUUCAGGAGUGAAGGAGCUGUGUGGUUUUCUGCAGAGUCCAGACUGUAGACUGGAGACUCUGAGAUUGAAGUACUGCAGCUUGUCAGAGAUCAGCUGUACUUUUCUGGUCUCAGCUCUGAAGUCCAACCCAUCCCACCUGAGAGAUCUGGACCUGAGUAACAACUGGGACCUGAAGGAUUCAGGAGUGAAGAAGCUGUGUGGUUUUCUAGAGAGUCCAGACUGUAGACUGGAGACUCUGAGACUGAUGAACUGCAGGUUGUCAGAGAUCAGCUGUUCUUCUCUGGUCUCAGCUCUGAAGUCUAACCCCUCCCAUCUGAGCGAACUGGACCUGAGUGACAACAAGCUGAAGGAUUCAGGAGUGAAGGAGCUGUGUAAUCUUGUGAAGAGUCCAGACUAUAGACUGGAGACUCUGAGAUUGGAGAACUGCAGUUUGUCAGAGAUCAGCUGUUCUUCUCUGGCCUCAGCUCUGAAGUCCAACCCCUCCCAUCUGAGAGAACUGGACCUAAGUUUCAACAAGUUGAAGGAUUCCGACCUAAGGGAGCUAUGUGAUCUUGUGGAGAGUCCAGACUAUAGACUGGAGACUCUGAGGGUGGAUAACAGGGAGAUUAAAGCUUCCAUAGACAAAACCCGUGACUCUGAUGGCAAACUGGACCCAAACACAGCAGACACAAAGCCAUAUGUCUCUGAGGAGCUGAUGGAACUGAUGAAGCCUCCAUCAAGCUUCACACCUGAACUACAAACUGAAUCUGCACGAGUAUCAUACAGAUUUAGGUGUCCUGGUCCAGGUAGGUUCCAGUGUACUUUGACAGGACUGGUAUUUGUCAUGGAUCAGGAGGUGGAGCUUCUCUACAAGACUGUCCAGUGGGACACAAGCCUGCUCCAAUCAGCUGGCAAGACACCAGCAGGGCCGCUGUUUAAUAUCCAGUGUCCUGAGGAUGCAGUCUGUGAGCUCCACCUCCCACACUGUGAAACAAAGGAUGCGUUGCAGUUUGAAAGCCUGCUGUCUGUUGUCCACAUCAGUGGUGAUGAAAUGAGCAUCUUGGAGCCAAUGGAGAUCACAGACACUCAUGUGGUUGUGAAGGUUCCUCACCUCUCUGCCUUUGGCCUGGUCUGGGACAUCAUUCAACGGUUUGUGAACAUCAGUCUGCCAGUAGAGGGUCAAGUUCUGCUGUUCCUGCGACCUCCAAAUGAAGGGCCUCAAAUACUUGAUGUAUUUUUGCUGCAGGAAAACAUCCCGUCUGUCAGAGGUAAAGCUGUGUGUCAUAUGUGCUUACCAUCAAGCUGAAUUUCUAUCAAACCUAAUGAUGCUGGAAAUCCUUGACUAAACAUCUGAACUGGAAAACCUUCAGACUGCUCUUUGAAUUUUUCUGCUGCCACUGUCAUUCAUGAGACUCCCACCAGGUGGUGUAAAUAGUGGUCUAAAUGAGUCCAAAAUUAAAGGCAGGGAGGAAAUAGGGAGAGGAGGGGAAAAAGACAGAAAGAAAGAAGACAGGUAGAUGAACAGACAGGCAGAUAUCAGACUAGGGGGGAAAAAAUCAGCAGCUGCAUCCACAGGCUGCCACUCUCUUAGUGCCACCUUGGUGAGUACAUCUUCCAACCAUCUAUUUUACUGGUUACCAGUAUUACAGAAUAGAUUUGAAAUUUUAACUCCAUUGAUAUCUCUAAAACUUUGGUCAACAUUUGUUGUUUUUAAAAGAAUAAAAAUAGAUAACUUUUACUUGACUCUUUGAGCAUUAACACCUUAAAAAUAUUCUAUUACUGAAGGUUGAGGCCCAACAAAGAGGUGCUAAAUACAUCAGGACCUCUUCUGAUUCUGACUGCAAAUUAAGCAUUGGUCAAAGUUACAGUGUCGACUGUGAACCCAGGGACUACAUACAGCCUGCGCAUGUAAAGUUUCGCUCAAAGUAUGGGCCAAAUUUCCAUCCAACAUUUGAGGUUUUUCUGACUUCAAACCCAAACACAGUGACUUUGAUGAUCCAAGACCAGGAGAGGAUAGAAGUCUGGAAACGUAAUGUUCCUCUGACAGGUCCUGGUCCAACAGGGACUCCCAAUGCUCAAGCUCAAAGUGCCCAGGACGAGAAGAUGACAGAGAUGGACCUCAAAAACAUCCUGGACGAUCUGACAGAUGACACGUUUGAGGACUUCAAGUGGUACCUGAAACAUGAAAAGGUGAAUGACAUCCUGCCCAUCACAGCGAAACCAGCUGGCAAAGGCAGAGAGGCGGAACAUCGUGGAUCUGAUGGUGGAGAAAUAUGGAUUAGUUGGAGCUGUGGGGGUGAUGGAAAGAGUUUUAAAAAAGAUCAGCAGGAACGAUCUGGUCAAGCAGUUACUAGCCGCUAGCUCAGGAACAGAAGGUCAGUCACAUCAGGCAGCAAAUCACUGAGCUUAUUAACAGAGGACCAAACUGAGGUCUGCUUCCACACAUUGACUGGCUGCUCACACGUUCCAAAGGCGUUGCAAACUUUUUAUUAUUAUUAUUAUUAUUAUUGCUCAACUGUUUUACUCACAAUGUCCAAAAAAGGUGAUGUUUGAAUCUUUUCUUUAAAAUGAGACCAAGUGUAACAGGAUGAGAGAAACAGCACAGAUUGUCAGCAGGUCAGAGUGUAGUUGUCUGUUCCAGCCACUAUAUGGAGACAGAACGGAAAACCAUGAAAACAUCUGAACAGAGCAGAGUUCCAAUCAUCAAUCAAUUCAUCGAUCAACAGAAAGUCAAUCGGCAACUAUUUUAAGAAUCAAAUAUUUUCAGUCCAGAAAGCCAAACAUUUACUUAAACUGAAUCUCUUUGAGUUUUUGGUUGAAUAAGACUCUGGAAAACUGUGAUAGGUGGUGUAUGUGUUAACUAUACUUGACAUUCAUAGACAAAUUUAUUAACAGGCAAAAUAAUCAGCAGAUUGCUAAUGAAAAUCAUCAUCAGUCAGAGCUGCUGCUGCUACUGCUCUGUGGAGUAGUAUAAACUCAGCAGCAGCAUUUUCAGUUUGGUCCUGUUCUUGUCAUUGUCAUUUUUACAAGCUCUCUGUUUGAAGGUCAUCUGAUUAUUGAAUACAGUACUUUUC